AUGGCUUCAAACAUUUCGAUCGAUUUGAAUGAACCUCCUUAUGACGUAGAAAAUGAUGUCUCGAUAUCUUCACAAAACAUUAUAGUCGAGCUAAAUGCCGACGAAAGACCGGAAAUUGGAUACCACGUUAUCGAGCUCGAUUUAAAUCAGAUUUUCGAAGAUGAUGACGAAGCGAGGUCCGAAUCAUCCGUGGAAGAGAUAGUUAGCCAACAAGCCAAUGGUGGAGAAGGAAAUAGAGAAGGUGUAGUUCAAGGACACGUAAUAUCGGGUGGACAAGAGAUUUUCAACGAGUUUGACGGCCGCAAUGGUGAAACAAGGGAAACAAGCCAAGGAAAUGUUCAAGGGAGAAAGAACAGGAUCCUAACUGACGUUGAACGGUGGGCAAUUUACCAUGCUUUAUUGGAGAAAAGUGUAAAUGGUAAAUUAAAAAAGAACACAACAAAAGAAGGAACAGUUCGAUUGAAGGUGGAUCGGAAGAACUUUAGUCAU